AUGCAUGCUUAUUAUUCAUCAAGAUCUGAAUCAAUGGAUUGUUCUUUAAGGCAAAGAAAUAAUGGAAAUGUUAAAAAAGAUAAUAAUAGUGAUGAUAAUGAUGAAAAAAAAAAUAAAAAUUUUAAUGAUUGUGAUCAGUUAAAUUUAAUGGAACAAUUAAUGAUAAUGUCAUUAAGAAAACAAACUACAACAUUAUUAUCAAUAAAUGUUACAAAUGAAAAAAUUAGUGUUAUUUUACGUGGUGCUUUAUUAAUAGAAUUAGGAUUAAAAGGAUAUUUAGAAUUAGAUGGAAGAGGAUGUUUAAGAAAAAAAUUAUCUGAUAGAAAUAUAAUUGUAAUAAAAAAAGAUAAAAUUAGUGAUUUUUUAAUGAAUCAAUGUAUAAAUUAUAUAUCAAAAUAUAAUGGUAAAUAUUCUAUUAAAUCAUGGUUACUAUUUUUAUCUGGUCAAUCAUUAAAUUUUAUGAUGAUAAAUUCACAUAUUAAAUUAAUGAGGGAAAAAUUAUGUAAAAAUUUGGUUGAUAAAGGUAUUUUAGAAUGUGGAUUACAGACAAAUUUUAUUUUUAAAAUGCAUAAUUUUAAAUUUAGAAGUCGUGAAGAACAAAAUAAAAUAUUAUUAUUAUUUCAAAGAGGACUAUUAUCAGAAUAUAAACCUGAUUAUACUAAAUAUGAUUCUAAAGUUUUAGCAUUAAUUUUUCUUACAUACGCUGGAGAGAUUGAAAAUUUACCAACAGAGUGCCUUAAUGAAGAUGAUUAUGUUAGAGCAAUUAAUAAUUUAUAUAGUAUAAAAGAUUCAAAUUUUAAUGAAAUAGCAAGAAGCGUAGAUAAUAAAUUUGGUGAUCUUUACUGGGGUGUAUUUGAUGCUAUAAAACAGUUAUUUAAUUUGUAG